AUGGGUCCUGUCAUUCUCUUCUUCCUCGUGCUUGAAGCUGCAACACCGCUGCUCCGUAUGGCACAGGCCGCGAAAUAUUCUUCUAUAGCCAAACCCUCAACAAUUUGGAUCAACAGCGGCGUUUUCUUCAAAGGCCUCGACCGCAGCAUCAGCACUAAUGUUAUAUCUGACUCUGACUUUGAGCUUCGGAUUGAUGCAGGGUUCUGUUGUGCCUCCUCUAUAUCGACAUUUGCUUGUGACAAGUUCCUUUUUGCGUUAUCCAUUGGCAGCACCGACUUGAUCACUCAACAGAUUGUCUGGUCUGCAAACCGGGAUCGCCCUGUCAAAGAGAAUGCCACCCUUGAAUUCACCACAGAUGGAAACUUGGUCCUCCGCGAUGCUGAUGGUAGCCACGUCUGGUCAAGCAAUAGUGCAGGUCGAUCUGUAGCUGGCAUGAUGAUCACAGAUAUCGGCAAUCUAGUGUUGUUUGAUCACAAGAAGGCAACUGUGUGGCAGUCCUUUGCUCAUCCUACUGACACAUUGGUCCUUGGGCAGUCACUUGUGGAAGGUAUGAGACUCACAUCAAAUACUUUUGCAACAAAUCAUUUCUAUAUCACUGUACAAGCCGAUGGAUUAUAUGCUUUUGUUGAAUCCACACCACCACAGCGCUACUUUUCGGAUCUCAUGGCACAAAACAAGAUAGGACAUUAUCCAACAAAGGCUACAUUCAUGAAUGGAAGCCUCACCACCUUUGGGCAGCCAAGGCCAGAUUAUGUUAGUAGUAUUACAUUGCCAACUGCUAUAUCCACAAUCCAGUACAUGAGGUUAGAUUCAGAUGGAUACCUGAGACUGUAUGAAUGGUCAUGGUCUAGUCAAGCCUGGAUAAUAGCAUUUAAUGUAAUGUACAUGUUGGAUGUUUGUGAUUACCCAACAGUCUGUGGGGAGUAUGGUAUAUGCAUACAGGGGCAAUGUGUCUGUCCACUUGAGAAUGAUUCAAGUUCAAGCUACUUCAAACUAGUGGAUGAACGGAAGCCAAAUCUUGGUUGCGCACCAGUAACUCCAAUCUCGUGUCAAGAAAUGCGACACCAUCGGCUCUUGACCCUUCCCAACAUCUCUUACUUCGACGACAGCCACAUGGCUAUGAAUGCAACAAGCACUGAUGACUGUAAGCAAGCCUGCUUGAAGAAUUGUUCAUGCAUGGCCGUUUUGAUUAGGUAUAACUGGAUUGCUCCCCAUGGAGAUUGUGUGUGGGUGACUAAGGUCUUUUCCUUGAAAUCAAUACAACCUAAUAAUGAUUACAACUCCUCUGCUUAUAUUAAGGUGCAACUUAGCUCCUCUAAUGAAAACAAAAUGAAGGUGCAGCGCAACCCCUCUAAUGAAAACAAAAGGAAGGUGAUGUUAGGUGCUACACUUGGUGCUGCUACUGCUCUUGUAUUGUUUAUCAAUGUUGUUGCUCUUUAUAAACAAAGGAGGAGAAAGUAUGAAUUGCAAGAUGAAGAAUUUGAUUUUGAUCAAUUCCAUGGAAUUCCAACGAGGUAUUCUUUUGAGAAGUUGAGCGAAUGCACAAAAGGGUUCAGAAAGAAGCUUGGAGAAGGUGGGUUUGGAUCAGUUUUUGAAGGAAAAUUGGGUGAAAACAGAGUUGCAGUGAAACGUCUAGAAAGCGCUAGACAAGGAAAGAAAGAAUUCUUGGCAGAGGUCGAGACUAUUGGUAGCAUUGAGCACAUCAAUCUUGUCAGGCUGAUUGGAUUUUGUGUAGAAAAGUCUGAGAGGCUUCUGGUAUAUGAAUAUAUGUCAAGAGGGUCGCUGGACAGGUGGAUCUAUUACCAAGAUAAUAAUGCCCCUCUUAAAUGGUGCACACGCUGCAGUAUCAUUCUGGAUAUUGCCAAAGGCCUAUGCUAUCUUCAUGAGGAGUGUAGGCGAAAAAUUGCUCAUUUGGAUAUCAAACCCCAAAAUAUUCUCCUCGACGACAACUUCAAUGCCAAAGUGGCUGACUUUGGACUGUGCAAGCCGAUAGACAGGGAUCAAAGCAAGGUAGUGACUAUGAUGAGAGGAACACCUGGAUAUCUAGCACCUGAAUGGUUGACAUCGCGGAUCACUGAAAAAGUUGAUGUCUAUAGCUUUGGAGUUGUCAUCAUGGAAAUAAUAAGUGGAAGAAAAAACAUUGACAACUCCCAACGCGAGGAGAAUGUUCAGCUCAUAAAUCUAUUACGAGAAAAAGCUCAAAACGAUCAAUUGGUUGAUCUGAUUGACAAGCAUAGUGAUGAUAUGGUCUCACACCAUGAGGAAGUAGUUCAAAUGAUGAAGCUCGCAAUAUGGUGCCUACAACAUGACAGCAUUCAAAGGCCUUCAAUGUCAAUCGUGAUCAAGGUAUUAGAAGGUGCGAUUAGCAUACAGACUUUUGAUGCAAAUUCACUCAUGUUUGUUCAAGAUAAUCCGUCAACAUAUUCAGUUCCAUCUCAAGCAUCUAUAUUAUCUGGCCCAAGGUGA